CGCACUGGCACUUGUGCGCCUUUUACUCACUUUACCUGCAGGCAGUGGAUCACCUUUUCAGUAUAACAUGUUCCAGGGAAAUGCAUAUUCUGGCACCGAGACACGACAAAGAAAUAAAAACUGGUGUGCAUAUGUGGUGCACAAAAAUGUGAGCUGCUCCGUCGUUGGAGGCACGGAGAGCUUCGUGCAACCGGAGGGUUUACCGUGUCCACCGGAGCGUCCAGACUGUGCGCAACAAGUGAUAUAUCGGACACACUUUAGGCCCAUGUAUAAGAUUGCCUACAAGACUGUAACAGAGCUGGAGUGGAGGUGCUGCCCCGGGUACCAAGGCUACGACUGCAUGGAGGUGAAAGACAUGAGCUUACUCCAAGUAGACCGACUGCCUCAUCAACCGGCUCCACCAAGAUAUAUUCCAGCACCAAAAGGUCCAGAGAAGCGACCAGAUAUCCAUGGGAACCAUCCGUGGGAGGGCCAGGGGCAGUUUGGAGGUCAGACAGGUCAUGGUGGAUCUCAAAGUUCUCAACACCUGGAAGAGGAAGUGCAGCGACUCUCCCAGAUGGUCCUCGACAUGCAGGCGACAAUGACAGACAUGUCCUCCAACUUGAGACUGAGUUUUCAAGAGGAUGCCAGUAAGAUGCUGGUCUCUCUGGUCAAUAACCUCAGGCAGCCCGCCAGUGCACGCGGCGCUGAGACCCAAACCAUGCAGCUGCAGGACUUCUCUUUUGCGGUAGACACACAAAUGGAUGAGGUUAUGAACAAAAUCAACCAGGUCACAGACGAUCUCCAGUCCAAGAAAAAUACUCUAGAUGAUCUCCUGGGUCGAGUCACUCAUCAUGACGUACAAAUUCGUCUGCUAACGGAGGCGGCUGAGAGGCCACUGGCUUCUCCACCCUCUGGUACCUCAGAAAGAGACCCGGGUCUGCGGGGAUACGUGGAUGAAAAGAUAAAUGCUCUAAGAGAUGAGCUGAUGGAGGGUAUGGAAAUAAAAAUGGCAGAUUUGAAGAACUCGUGUGAUUAUAAAAUCGUGUCUGUUCGAGAACAGUGUGAAAGCCAAGAAGCCAACUACCUCAGCCUGGCCGAGCUCAUGGACUCGAAAGAAUCAGACCUACGCAACGAGAUACAAGACCUCAAGACCAAGCUGGGUGAUCAAGAAAGAGACGGGAAAGAUCUGCCUGGAAACACUGGGGUAUCUGACUCGGUUCUUGCUCAGGUGCAGAACUUGGAGCUCCGUCUGAACUUAACUGAGAAGAACUUAGCAGCACAGUGUGGAUCUGUGGAGGACAAGGUGAGGAAAGAAAGGUCAGAGGCUGUUCACGAUCUGAGGGAAGCUCUGGAGAAUAAACUGGCCUCCAUGAAGGAUCAACUCACCAAUGUUUUGGUAGACACGAGUACCAGAUCUCCAUCCAACAUUCAGCCAGAGACUCUGGAUGCUCUGCAGAGGGACGUGAACUCCCUUAAGGACAAUUUUGAAGUCUUGCAGAAGAAGCAGAAAGCGACAGACCAACUGUGUUCAAAUGAAUGCAAACCUAAUUCAAGUGUCAUAGGAACUGUUCAACAGGAAUUACAGAGCUAUAAAACUGUUGUAGAUGGUUUUGCGAAAAGUCUUGAAGUCCAUAAUAAUAGACUGGGAGCAGUGGAAGAGUUUGUCCUCAAGUCCAACACUAGCUUUGGUGAUGUAGACGAUGAUCUGAGCUCCCUGAGACGGCAUGUGGGCAGGUUGGAGGACCUACUGUCAGAGGUCGUCCAUCAGCAGUCUCAGGCGCCGCAUAUCCUCAACUCCACCUGGCAUCAAGUUAAGCAAGGAGCUCAGCAGGAGGUCAAGGACCUUUUGGACCUUCACCGGAGGCAGCACGAGGAGCUGAGACAGCGACUGGACGAGGUCAGCCGGGAGGUGAAAGCCGAGGCUCACAGUUGCAGAGAAAAAACAGACGAUGUUGAGAAGGAGGUAGCCCACAUGGACAGUCGCAUAGUUGGUGUGGAGGGUUUGUGUGGGAAGCUGGAGCCAAUCUCAGGUAGCCUCCAGAGGAUCAAAGAAGGUCUGAACAAACACGUUACGAGUUUGUGGACUUGUGUAAACCAGCUGAACAGCACCAUGAAAUCCAACGGCAGAGAGAUUGGAAGGCUGAGGGGAACCUGUCAGAACCUCCAGAACCACAUCUCUGACGUGGCCAGAGACCUCCAGGCUCUAACGAACGGAUUUCCUGGCAAGACAGGUAUGCAGGUCGACACAGGGAACACAGCGUCUCCUCAGGGUUCAGGUAAGAGCCCCCCUGCAGUAGCUCUGGGCCCCGUGGAGGCCUCCCUCCCACAGCCGCCCGUCAUGGAGACCGGUGAGGCAGGGCCACCCGGGAAGAUGAGCUCGUCCAAGCUGCCCAGGGGCUCCGACGGCAGCAUGACGCCUGUUCAGGGCGUCGCUGGAGCUCCAGCGUCCCCAAAUUUAUCCAGUGAACCUCCAAAGCCCAUUGUGACACUAAUUUCAGAAUCGGACAUGCCCCAGAACCCAUCAUCACAGAAAGGUGAGGUGUCGUUCUCAGCUGGUCUGACCCUCCAGCCUUUCCAAGGACACAUCGGUAUCAUUCGAUUCAACAAAGUUCUGGUCAAUGAUGGAGGACACUACGACCCACGAACAGGUGUCUUCACUGCUCCCACAGACGGCCGAUACCUGCUGAGCGCCGUCCUGACUGCCCAGAGGGGUGAGAGGGUGGAGGCGGUCCUGUCUGUGUCCAAUCACAGCGUCCAGAGGCUGGACUCCUCAGGUUUCUCAGCUGCAGAGGUAACGCCUUCGCCACACGCCCAGUGUAACUGCAGCACUUCCACGUCUCUGAGCCUCGUCCUCCCCCUGAAACGAGGAGACAGAGCCGGACUCGUGCUGACCUCGGGGAAGCUCGCCAUCGCGCCGUCCUCAGAGAUCCUGUCAUCAUUCAGCGCCGUGCUGCUGUACCCAGACCCAUCCAAGCGGUAGUCCUGGAUCUGGAACUGGGAUCUUAUAGAAG